CACUCUCUCUACUAACAAAAUUUCACUCUGCAAUGGCUUCUGCUCUCCACAUUUCCCUGCUUCUAUUGCUCUCCGCCUCCGCCGUACACGGCGGCGCUCAAGAGCCCGCUCCGCCGCUGGCCCCAGCCCAACCUCCGCGCCACCACCACCACCACCACCACAGCCACCCGCCUGCCUCACCCCCAUCCCACCCCCCUUCUCCUCCCCCGGCGCACCCGCCGGCCGCUCCGCCGGUGAAGCCCCCGCCGGAGAGGAAAUUCGUGGCGGUGGAGGGCGUCGUGUUCUGCAAGUCGUGCAAGUACAGAGGCGUCGAUACUCUCAUGGGGGCCAGCCCCCUUCCAGGGGCGGCGGUGAAGCUGCAAUGCAACAACACGAAGGCGGGGCUGGUGGUGCAAGGCAAGACCGACAAGAACGGCUACUUCUUCUUCAUGCCGCAGAAGCUGACGUCAGCCGGGUCCCACAAGUGCAAGGUCUACAUAGUGUCGUCACCCCUGCCGGCCUGCAACGUCACCACCGACCUCCACAGCGGCGUCUCCGGCGCCAUUCUGACACCGUCGAAGAAGCCCCCCGCCGCCGACGCCAAGAAACUGCCCUUUGUGCUCUUCACCGUCGGGCCCUUCGCCUUCGAACCCCACAAGAAAUUGCUCUGCCAUUAAUUUUAAUUUUCCAUGAGUUUCUGUACGUACAGUGGUUUCUUUGACUUCCUUACUACUGUUUGUCCGAUCGAUCGAUGAUUAGCACCCUCUAAUGAUGUCUGAAUUUACGUGGGACUGUCUUUAAUCUUGUGUUUGAAACCCUAAUUAGAGCAAAUUGAAUAAAGAAAAAGAUUGGAUUUUGA